GCUCUUCAGCAAAUUUAGCCUUAAAGAUUGCAUACAACUUGGAGAAGUAACACACCCCUAGAUCUCUCUCUUUCUCUUUCUCUUUCUCUUUCUCUUUAGAGUUUAUGAUUAGAAAUUAUACAUAUGAAAAAGACUGCGUGACAUACAAUCUAUAAAACCUUUUUUGAGGCUUUAUAUAUAUAAAGCAUAGACACAUAUCAUUUCAAAACAAACUGCCUUAGCCUAUGCAGGAAGUUAAAUCCCUCUCAAUAUUCAUUCAUGUAUAUUACUUCUUAUAUCUUCCUUUUAUAUAUAUAAGGAAAGGAAGCUUAAGCCGAAUUUCAAGUUCCGUUUAGUUAGAUCUCCUCCUUCAAAUUGAUUCAAAGCUUACUGAUUUACUUAGCUCAUCUUCUAGCCCAAUUCACCAUAACCAUCAUCAUCAAAAUCUUCUUCUAAGAGAGGAUUCACCGGCAUGUGGGCAAAAUUAAGAACUUUUAAGAUCAGGAAAGUGAGCAAAGAAUUGAGAGAAGUUGGCAAAAGCUUUAACGUGAAUGAAGAAUAUCUGAGUGCAUUAAGAACCAAAUCCUAUGCCGAUUUCUUCACUAAAGCUCAAUUACUUGUAAACCAAGAUUCAUCAUCAUCAUCAUCAUCAUCUUAUAACCCUCAUCUAAACUUCUCAGAAAUCCUUCUAGAACCUUGUCAAGAAGCAAUCCCUGGUAUUCUUGAUUCACCAAUUCUCUCAAAGAUUCCGAAACUCAAAUCCCUCCUUCUCAAUUACUUCGACAUCAGCGCCGAAGCUUCCAACUUCUGCAGCCACCUUCUCAAGACCAUCAACCGUAUCCAAUCCAGCCACAGCUUCAUUCAACUUUCCCUCGACAAAAUCGAAGACUAUUCGCCGCCGGACAAACUCAAACCCAUCAUUUCCGAUCUCGUAAACAUAUUCGUCGUCCAAACCAAUCCGUUUUCGAACCUCAACAACCAUGAUUUCAAGCUCAUCCACGACAAAUACUCGUCGGUUUUGCACCGCUUGAAAUCCAUGAGAAAGAAGGUGUGCAGGAAGAUCAAGCUCAUCAAGUAUUUGAAGAAAGCAACCGGGAUUUGCGUCACUGCAGCUUGCGGUUUAGUCGCCCUGAUAGCCAUUGUUCUCGCAGCACACACUCUCACUGCGCUGCUAAUGGGACCGGCACUCUUCAGCUUCCCAUUCAAAAGCUUGAAGGAGAAAAUUACUGAUUUGCCAUUCCUUAGAAGUGGAUUUCUUCGAACAGUUGGUGAGCAACUUGAUGUGGCAGCAAAAGGGACUUACAUUUUGGAUAGAGAUUUCGACACGAUGGGAAGGCUUGUUGCUAGGCUGCAUGAUGAGGUUGAGCAUAACAGAUCAAUGGUAAAGUUUUGCAUGGAAAGGAAAGAGGAAAGGUUUUGUUUGCAGGUGGUGAAGGAGCUCAAGAAGAGCAGCAAUGGGUUCAGGAAGCAAGUGGAGGAGCUUGAAGAGCAUUUGUAUUUGUGUCUUGUAACUAUCAAUAGGGCUAGAGCUUUGGUUAUCAAGGAAAUGAAAACAGGCACUGCAGCUUGUGUAAAAGGAAGUUUGUAGGAAGUUAAUUAAUUAGCUAUUGUAGCCUGGCCUACAUAUAUAAAUAUAUAAUACUAAUA